AGUAAGACUAGUGCCUCCUUCUUCCCUUGGAAGUAUCAAACCCUGCUCAGCCGCCGCCGACGACGACGAGUUUUGAUGAAGAGAGACGGCGUUAAGCAACCUUAUGAUGACCCAGAACCUACAUUUCCAGAGAAAGACGAGGACUUUUUAGAAAACCAGAGUCACAUGGCUGAGAUUGUGCAGAAGAAGCGUAGUACUAGGAAGAGAGCUACAGGGAAGGGAUUGGCAGCCGUGAAUGGCCCAAGGGAUUGUGAGAAAGGAGUUCUAUCAUGCACUGCCAACUGGGGUCGGAAGCGGUUUAGGCGCGUGAGACCACGCAACGCUGCAAAGUGGAUUGAGGAUUGUUUAGAGUGCCUUCACUGUCAGGGGAAUGAUGAGGGCAGAGUUGUUUGCUGUGGAAGUUGCAAAAGAAAAUGGUAUCCUCAGAUGUUAGAGGAUGCCAUUGCUGAGGCUUGUCCUGGAUGCUGUAGUAAUUGCAGUUGCAAAGCAUGUUUGUGUGCAGCUUCUAGAAAUUUGAAGAAACAGCCGGAGUUGAAAAUUAGCAAAGAGGAAAAACUUGAGCACUCUAAGUAUUUGCUUCAAGCAUUGCUUCCACUAUUAAAACGACUUAACGAUGAGCAACUGAUUGAGAUGGAGAUGGAGGCUAGGAGACAAGGGCUGUCUGUUUCGGAGUUAAAGAUCCAAAGGUCAAACUGCUCUUAUGAUGAGCGUGUGAAUUGUAACAACUGCAAAGCUUCAAUUGUUGAUUUGUAUAGAAGCUGCAAUUUAUGCUCAUAUGAUCUCUGCCUAACGUGUUGCCGGGAGAGUCGAGAUCGACACCUGGAUGGAGGUGGGAAGGAAGUGACUAUGGUGUAUAUCAAUCAGGACCUAGAACAUUUGCAUGGUGGAAAGGGGAACAUAGCAGAACUACUGUUUGAACCUAGCCCCAAGUGUCAUGUAAGGUUAAAAUCUGAAUGGAAAUCCAAUGAAGAUGUUAGCAUCCUUUGCCCUCCAGAGGAUAGGGAUGGCUGUGGUCAUGGUCAUCUGGAAUUGAGAUGCAUGUCUUUUGAAAAUAAGGUCGGUGAGUUGGUACAGAAAGCAGAAGAGAUGGCUGAAAUUUACAAACUUAAGCAUGCGGCAGAAACUUCUGCACAGUGGUGUUCAUGUUUCAAUUCUUUGGAUGUUUUUGAUUCAAUCAGCAACACCAAAAAGUUAAGGAAAGGAGAUUCUCAAGAGGAUUUUGAUGACAACUAUUUGUACUGCCCAAGAGCUGGAAAUAUCCAACGUGAGGAUCUUAAGCAUUUCCAAUGGCAUUGGCUCAGGGGUGAGCCUGUGAUUGUUAGCAAUGUAAUUGAAACUACAUCAGGUAUGUGGCCUGCUUGUCGUCAGAUGCAACAGACUAUGCAUGGUAAAUAUUUAACAAUCAAGGCCAUUGAUUGCCUGGAUUGGUGCAAGCAAGAUAUCAGUAUCCAUGAAUUUUUUACUGGAUAUGCAAAGGGGUGGUUUGAUUGGAAAAUGGGGCCUCAAAGGCUAAAACUGAGAGAUUGUGCUCCAGCGAGUUUGAUUGAGGAGCACCUUCCUCAUCAUGGUGCUGAGUUUAUCUAUGGCUUGCCAUUUAAGGAAUAUACUCAUCCUCACAGUGGGUUUCUUAAUCUUGCUGCUAAAUUCCCUGAGGAGUGUGGGAAGCCUGCUUAUGGCGUUGGGCAGGAGCUUGGACGUGAAGAUUCUGUGACUAAGCUUCAUUGCAAUAUAUCUGAUGUGGUGAAUGUUUUGACACAUACUGCUGAAGUGACCCCUAAUUCUCAACAACUUCGUACAGUAGAAAGGCUAAAAAAAGCGCAGAUUGAGCAAGAUAGAAGAGAAACUUUAGGAAACUGUCACUCUGCGGAUGGCAAUGUUGAUGGUGGAAAUCUUUCAAACUAUUCCAGAUCUGAAAAUAAUGUAGACGGUGGUGCUUUAUGGGACAUUUUUCGGAGACAGGAUGUUCCAAAACUACAGGAAUAUUUCAGGAAGCACUUCAACGAGUUCAGGCACACAUACUGCUGUCCGUCCCAACAGGAAAACUUGUGGAUGGAGUGGGAUGGAAUCGAUUGUGUGCUCAACAUUUUCAGCCUGCAUGAUCCUUUUGCUUGGCCGAAAAUGUGGAAAAUUGUUGAACUUUUACCUGACUCGGGAGCACAAAAGGAAGCUGAAAGAGGAAUGUGGUUAGUUAUGCAGAUUAUAUUUUGGACAUACUUCUUAAUAGGAAUCGAACCAUGGACAUGUAUCCAGAAACUUGGGGAUGCUAUCUUUGUUCCUGCAGGCUGUCCAUAUCAAGUCAGAAACUUGAAGUCAUGCAUUAAAGUUGCAGUUCAAUUUGUCUCACCUGAAAGUGUUGGCGAUUGCUUUCGUUUGACUGAAGAAUGCCGCACGCUUCCAAAAGAUCACGGGGCUAAAGAGGAUAAAUUGGAGGUGAAAAAAAUGAUUGUGCAUGCUAUGCGGGAAGCUGUGGAUAUUUUGGAUCAGAGUGUGAGGGUUAGACAAGCAAAGAGAGAGGAAGUUGGACAAAGACAGCAAGUACAGAGCAGAAAGGAGGGGGAAGUUCAAGCUGACGAGGAGCAGCCAACAAUGUCAUCACAUCCAGCACAGUUCCCUCUUGAUCUUGUUACAGCAAUGCAGCGGCUAGAUGACCUCGUGGAGCGCUUUUCAGAUUUUGAACACUUGGAAGAGAGAGAUAGAAUAAUGAAUCCGGAAUACCAGUUCUUAUGUUCAGAGUUCAUGAAUUUAUCUUCACAUCUUGGUUAUGCAACUCAGGUGAAAGAGUCUGCCAUUCCACCAUCCUAUCAGCAACACUAAAAUCUAUGGUCCAAAAGAUUAUAUUUUUUAAUGGUUUCUUGGAUGAGGUAUAUCUUUAACCUUCACUGUGUGGCGACAAUUGGUUUGCUGUCCGUAAUACUUUUUGCUUCUAUAAAUGAUAGUGAUCA